UUUCUUUCUUCCUCUUUUUCGACUCCAUCUUGGACCGCGUGGACAUCAUUUCCUAAAGGCAACCAAGACAAGCAAAAAUAUGACCAAUUCAAAGGGUUAUCGUCGCGGCACCCGAGACAUGUUCUCGCGCCCCUUCCGCAAGCAUGGUACCAUUCCCCUGUCUACAUACAUGCGUGUGUUCAAAAACGGCGAUAUUGUCGACAUUAAAGGACAUGGUGCCGUACAAAAGGGCAUGCCCUACAAGGCUUACCACGGUAAAACCGGUCGUGUAUACAACGUUACCCCACAUGCCGUUGGUGUCAUUGUAAACAAACGUGUACGCGGUAAGAUCCUACCCAAGCGUAUUAAUGUACGUAUUGAACAUGUGCAUCACUCCAAGUGCCGUGAGGAUUUCUUGCGCCGUGUCAAGGAGAAUGAACUUAAAUUGAAGGAAGCUAAGGCUAAGGGCGUAUAUGUGAAUUUGAAACGUCAACCCAAGGCACCUAAACCAGCUCACUUCGUUAAGCAGAUUGAGGAACCAAUCCAAUUGGCACCAAUUCCAUACGAAUUCGUUGCUUAAGCGGGGCUUUUUUAUGUAUGUAAUUCUGUUUUUUAGAAAGUAUGUGAAAAAAUAAAUAGAAACAAAUUCUAUGGAAA